AUGGUAAGGGAUGAAAAACUAUUCGGAUUGAUCGAGAGCGAAAAGCAGCGGCAGUUGCACGGUAUCGAGUUGAUCGCUUCCGAGAACUUUGUAAGCGAGCAGGUUAUGCAGGCGAUGGGUUCCGUGUUGACUAACAAAUAUGCCGAAGGGUAUCCGGGGGCGCGUUAUUACGGCGGUUGCGAAGUGGUGGAUCAGGUGGAGCAACUGGCCAUCGACCGUCUGUGCGAGUUGUACGGCGCCGAAUACGCUAACGUGCAGCCGCACUCGGGAGCGCAGGCGAACAUGGCCGUUUUCCUGACGGUGCUCAAGCCGGGCGAUACUUUUAUGGGGCUCGAUCUGGCGCACGGCGGUCAUUUGUCGCACGGUUCGCCGGUCAACACGUCGGGUAUCCUUUACAAUGCGAUCGGCUACAAGCUGAGCGAAGAGACCGGAACGAUCGAUUACGAUGCGAUGGAACGUCUCGCCCUCGAACACAAACCGAAAAUGAUUAUCGGCGGCGCGUCGGCGUACAGCCGCGAGUGGGAUUACAAGCGGAUGCGCGAGAUCGCCGACAAAGUGGGCGCGCUGCUGAUGGUCGACAUGGCGCAUACGGCGGGCCUGAUUGCCGCCGGGCUGCUCGACAAUCCGGUGAAAUACGCUCAUAUCGUUACUUCGACCACCCACAAAACCCUGCGCGGCCCGCGCGGCGGCGUGAUCCUGAUGGGUAAGGACUUCGAGAAUCCGUGGGGAGUCAAGACUCCGAAAGGGGAGAUCAAGAAGAUGUCCGCUAUGUUGAACUCGGCUGUUUUCCCCGGCAUCCAGGGCGGCCCGUUGGAACAUGUGAUCGCCGCCAAAGCGGUCGCUUUCGGCGAAGCGCUCGAUUCCUCUUACAAGGAGUAUCAGGCGCAGGUGCAGAAAAAUGCGAAGGCGAUGGCUGCCGCAUUCGUAAAGCGCGGUUACAAAAUCGUAUCGGGCGGUACGGAUAAUCACCUGAUGCUGAUUGAUCUGCGUACCAAGUUCCCCGACCUGACCGGAAAGCAGGUCGAGAAGGUGCUGGUAAAAGCCGAUAUCACGACCAACAAGAAUAUGGUGCCGUUCGACAGCCGCUCGCCGUUCCAGACUUCGGGUAUCCGCGUCGGGACGCCGGCCAUUACGACCCGCGGUUUGAAAGAAGACCAGAUGGAAACGAUCGUAGAACUGAUCGACCGGUGUUGUCGGAUAUCGACAACGAGUCGAAUAUCGUUGCCGUACGGAAAGAGGUCAAUACGUUGA